UUUGAGAAAUAGUUUUAAACAAAAAGAGAGAGAAAGAAAAGAAAAUGAGGAAUAUGUGCAAAGGUUUUUGUCGAUAUAUAGCACCUACAAUUCAUUAAAAGCAAUGGAGGAGAAGAGAGAGAAAGAGAAAAACUCAAAGUCAUCAUCAUCUACCAUGGCAAAUUCUGUGGCAUUUUCCGACGAGAUUCCUAACAUGAGCAUGAGCUUCCCUUUCUCCCCUGCUUUCUCUAGUAGCAUCUUUGACAUGAUGCCACCACCACCACCUUCCUCAUCUCACGAUCCUAAAGCUCCCAACUUUGCUAAUAGCUUCAUGGACUUGCUCGCUGUCCCUGCUGAUUAUUAUACCCCUUCUUUAUUCGACUGGUCCCAAAACACCGCCCCCACGUCAGCACCACCACCUUCCACCACCCAAAUCAACCACCCUCUUCCGUCGCCAGCCAGCUCCAAUGUCCCCGACGGCUCCGAGGUUCUCAACACUCCGGCGUCUCCCAAUUCUUCGUCUAUUUCAUCAUCGUCCAACGAAGCAGCAGCCGCCACCACCGCCAACAAAACAACGGGAAAUGAUAAUGAAGAGGAGGAAGAUGAAACAGCAAUAGAUGCAACAGCAGGCAGAGAAGAAGAAGAUCAUCAAGACCAAGACAAGACUAAGAAACAGCUCAAGCCAAAAAAGAAGAACCAAAAAAAGCAAAGAGAGCCGAGAUUUGCGUUCAUGACAAAGAGUGAAGUGGAUCACCUCGACGAUGGCUAUAGAUGGCGCAAGUACGGUCAAAAAGCCGUCAAAAACAGCCCUCAUCCAAGGAGCUAUUAUCGUUGCACCACCGCGACAUGCGGCGUGAAGAAGCGCGUGGAGCGUUCCUCGGAGGAUCCUACGGUGGUGGUGACAACCUACGAGGGGCAACACACUCACCCGUGUCCUGCCACGUCACGGGCUAGCUUCGGGUUCAUGCACUCCGAAGCAAGUGGGUUCGGACCCACCAGUGGACUAGGUUCGGCACACUUUAUGCUGCAACAACAACAACAGUUUCGGGACCAAGCACAAGCACAAGCAGCAAUGUUGUAUAACUCCACCUCAUCGUCAUUGUCAUUGCCACUGAAUGUUGUUAACUCAGCUUCUUGUGUUAAUAAUAGCUAUGCCAAUACGUCAUCGUUGAGUGGCUUUCUUCAGGGCCAAGAGAAUCAUCAGCGAGGUUUUGUGCCGUCUAGGGUGGUGGCUCCUCAUAUUUUCUUGAGGGACAAUGGGCUUCUUCAGGACAUUGUUCCAACGCAGAUGGGGAAUGAGGAGAAUGAAGAUCGUGUGUAGAUACUUAUGGUGGCAGAGACUUAAUGUGGGAAAGGGAAAGUCAAGAAUAUAAGCUAAUAAGCAAUGGAGCAGGGAACUCUAUAUCUAUGAUGAGGGAAAUUUAAGAAAGAAAGAUGAAAACUAUGCACCAGAGAGAGUGUUAUGAUUGCCCCAUGACUUGACACAAUGCAUGAGGUAUGGAAAAAGUUGUAACAUUAUUACUUGAGUAGUACCGUUUAGCUUUUUGUGUAUGAUGGCUUUUCUCAUCAUCUUCCCCUAUAAGCUAUAAACAAAGAUGGGCUUCAGCCAUUCAAUGAUGAUGUGUGUUUCCAGGGAAGGAAAUAGUUAGAGCAUGGAUUGUUUCUUGAUGAUUGCAAAAGAUGGAUGAUGUGAGAUAUUGGUGUGGAGAAAAGUAUUAUAUAUAUAUAUGGUUCUCAUGCCCUAGCAUAGCAUACAUGUUUUGUUUUGUAAUACUAGCAGAAGCCAUAUGGGCCAUGCUACUAUCCCUAUCCCUGCUUGGGAAUUAGAUUCAUUAAUUAUUUGACGUACAACCCUUUGAUGCAAA